AUGUUGAUUGACCAUUCUUCUCCAGUUGAAAGCCCUGCAGCAACAGGAUACACUGCUGCGAAAUGGUCCUUAUUGGUCUGGUCUGUUCCGAUCAUUUGCCGAGCAUUCCUUGAGACGCCUUUGGAUCCUGAACAAUGGUUUUGUCUGCGAUCAAUGGAAAGUGAUAUAGAGUUAAAGUUCUUGCAGUUUGGGAUGGCCAUGGCCUGGUCCCUAAAGUCGAUUGUGGAUGAAGGCUGGGAGAAGGUCAAAGGGGGUAAACCGAAAAAUCACAUUGACAAUAUCGGUGGUGGUCGCAAUGCUUCCAAGUUUGUGGGCCACCUUGAGACCCUUAUACUCAUGAGAGCAGUAGAUAUCACAGCUGGUUUUCUUUGCCUGCCUACAAGGUCUUACUAUCCAAGCUUCCAGAAGUCAAUAAGUCUUGAUGAGCAUCAAAUGGGGUUUUUAUGGCGACUAGAAUCAUGGCCUCAGAAACUAGCCGAAAUUCAGACUUCCCUUCACAUGUAUAAGGAACGUGCAUUGACGCCACUUCCUCCCUUGGCCCUGGGGGCCUCCUUUAUGCAGGAGAUCUUGCAUGGCGAUGUCAGUGGAAGGCUGUCUUCGAUUGGAAAACCAGACCUCAUCGUACGAGUUGAGGAACUCCUUUGGCGUUGCAUUAUUGGUAUCGCUUGGGGUUCUUGGACGAGCGAGGUUGGAUUAACGGACUUCCUCGAAGCAAUCAGUCCACUAAUCAACAAUAUGAAACCUUUGAGGAAGAAGCAAUCAGGUGCCACACCUUGGGAUGAAUUUGAUGGGGAGGAUAUGUGGUUCGAGCAUGCUAUUCACUUUAUCCAGCAGAAUGAUGUUGCAGGUUUGGGUGCAAGGGAGCUUGAUGAUCGAAUCACCAUUUGCAGUUGGAAUGAUUGCAUUGUUAAUGACAAGACAGGUAGUCCCUGGUACAAGCCCAACACAGGAAAGGGCUUGGAAGAAUCAAUGAUCAUGACUCUGAGCUUUUCCAAUGCAAUGAAGAAUCCUACGGCAACCCUGGAGACCUUCCGUAACUACCACAUAUUCCUUUAUGGCACAAAGACUUCACCUCUCACCUGGUCAUUGAACGACCUAUCUAAGGUUGGCAAUGUCGAUAUUGUCCGAGAGAUCCAAGAUCAUCAAAGGCGAAGCUCCGACCAGACAAAGGACUAUCUUCAUGUCAAUCUUUCCUUACGUGAAAUAUAUGAGGAAGGCCUGGAAGAUGAAGGACAUGUUUUAAACGCACUCUCUCUGCCCUGCAGCACUUCUGAAACUGGACACCCUUUACAAUUGAUUGUAUCAAGCCACAUCAGAGCCUUUGAGCAGACAUCUGACCUUCCAGAAGAUAUCUUCGAUGCCAGUUAUCCAAUCUCAGCAACAAAUUUCUGGUUAGUCAUGAUGAAAGGAGCAAUCAGUUAUAUUCAUUCUGAUUGUCACGGUGUUGGUACCUUCGUGGAAGUUCUUUGUGGGCAGAAGUUGUGGUACAUGUUUCAGCAUCAUGGGAGUCAAAGACAAGACAGUCAUAUAGACGAGUAUAUGGGUGAUUGGGUGCCUGGAUUUAUUCCGGAUCCUAGGGAAUGGGAGGCCGAAGUUGUUUUGCUGGAACCCAGCUCUGCCUUUUAUAUGCAUCUGGAUACUCAUCAUGCUGUUCUGAUGCUCGAGAACUGCAUUGUGAGGGGCGGUCAUUUCUAUUCCACUGUUACCCUUUCGAAAACCAUCUCAGGCUGGGUUCAUACAUGUAUGCUUGGGUACAGGAUCAUCAAUGUUGUACACCUGGAGCUUCAUCAGCUCCUCCUUCAUAUGAUGUGUUACUUUCACACUGUUAUUGGUGAGAAAGGUCCUGAAACUCAAGACACAGAUAUUCCCAGUAUAACAAGAGAUGGACUGCUCAAACUCAUUGCAUUGGGAAAUCUGUGUAUAUUCGGAUCAGCCUUACUUCCUUGCAUCCUGCCAGACUCCGCCGACACCACGAGGCCCGCAAUCACCAUGGCCAUAGGUGCCUACAUAUCCAUAAUCCGGCAUCUGCGGGUGGAUUUUGGUUUAGUUUUCCUUGCAGAAAAUAAUGCCGUCGAGCCCUCCAUCAAUUCCACCAUCCUUGUUGACAACAAAUUAAGCGUCUAUGCUCAGUUUCUCAACAUUGGGGAUUUUGCUAGAAGCUCCGCAGCUCACUUUGGGCAUUCUUUGAUCUUCUACGCUCAAAAGGCUUUAAGAGUGCGCAAGGCUCAGGGAGAACAUGAAUCCCUCAUGUUUAAUUUUGAUUCAUUUCGUCAAGAUGUUGCCAAUUCGUUGGAGACCUUUUUGCAAAUGGAGCUGACCACCGACUUUCUCCAUGCAUACAAGCGAUGGGUGGCACGUUUGCAUGUUAGGCCCAUAUUUUUGGUUUGCAAGAAAGUUGACCUCCUUGAUCCGGGUGCCUAUUUCGACUGGAAUACAGCCACCAAUUUUGAUUGCUCUGAUGUUGAAGAUGAUAUAGAUGAUAGUGAUGGAGAUGACUGUGAAUUAGGAAAGAAAGAGGAUGGCCAUGGCAGAGAUGACAGUCGGUCAAAGGAUGAUGAUACAGAGAAAAAGAAGGAUGCUCCUGAGGAGCUUCAGGAAUCUGACAUCAAGUCAGAACCAAUGUCAGGUGAGGAUGAAUCUAUGCACUUGGAGUACAUGCCAAGCAAGUCCGUUCUAUAA